CACAACUCAUUACCGGAAGUAAACAAGUAAGAUGGCGGCGAAUCAUAAAUCUUCAGAUUUUGAUCAAAAUUGUUAUACAGCACUUUUAGGGUUGGCUGAAAGUUAUAGAACUGUGUCGAAUAUAAGACAUUGUAUUCAUUGCUUAAAGGCUGUCUUCAAUCUUCACCCACCACCGUCUAUAGAAGCACGGACCCAUCUACAACUUGGGAAUCUUUUGCUCUCCCACACUAAAAACAACGAUCUUGCAAGACAGCAUUUAGAAAAAGCGUGGAGUAUUUCUUCAGGUCUUAACAACGAUGAUGUUAGAUUUGAAGCUGCAAGUGUUCUGGCUGCAAUGUACGAUAAACAGGGUCAGACUCAGUUGGCUAAACCCAUACUUUGUAAAGCCAAAGACAUCUCACAACAGUCACCAUUCUGGCAUUGUAGACUACUGUUCCAGCUUGCACAAAUACAUGCGUCAAAGAAGGAAUUCAGUGAGGCGUGUGCAUUGCUAGGUGCCGGAGCUGACUUUGCUUCAUCAGCAAGCUCGCAUUAUACAACACUUCUGUUUCUUCUCAGUAAAGGAAUGUUACUGCUGAUCAAUAAAGAUGCCAUGCAGGUGAACGAGACCCUGUCUAGGGCAGGUUCUAUGAUAGAACAGUGGACUGGACCCUCAGUUCAGAAAGAAUCACUCAAAGUUUUCUUCCUUGUACUUCAAGUGUGUCAUUACCUUACUGCAGGACAGGUGAAGAGUGUGAAACCAGCAUUGAAACAGCUUCAGCAGAGUAUUCAGACAAUAACCCAGCUUCAUACAGAUGAAGAUCCAGUUGGUAACAAUCAGAUUGACAUGUUUCAGUGGUUGCCAAAGGAACAUAUGUGUGUACUGGUUUAUCUGGUGACAGUCAUGCAUUCUAUGCAAGCUGGAUAUAUGGACAAGGCUCAGAAAUACACAGAUAAAGCUCUCAUGCAGAUAGAAAAACUCAAAAUGCUAGAUGCCCAUCCACUUUUGUCCUCCUUCCAGAUCAUGCUUUUAGAACACAUUGUAAUGUGUCGGCUGAUCAUGGGGAAUAAAACUACCGCCAUACAGGAGAUAUUUCAAGCUUGCCAUGUAUGUCAAUCACAGCCUAGACUGUUUACAACCCAUGGUUCACAGAUCCAUACGCUGCUGGGUCUGUAUGCCAUGUCCGUGAACUGUAUGGAAGCAGCUGAAGCUCAGUUUCUCACCGCACUGAAGCAAUCAGAGAGCACAGAUCUGUCACUGUUUAUCAACAUGAAUCUUGCCAUUGUUUUCUUACGCAUGGGUAGACAAGAUGACUUCCUCGGACUGCUCGAGAAAAUUGAUCCGGAAAAGAUGGAACAGUCCAACUCUCACAGUCUGAAAGCUGCAGCAUACUAUGUGCAGGGAUUACAGACUUUUUUCCAAGCUAGGUACAAUGAGGCAAAGCGUUACCUACGUGAGACAUUAAAGAUGGCAAAUGCUGAAGAUUUGAACAGGCUGACCUCCUGUUCCCUAGUGCUGCUUGGUCAUAUAUUCCUGUCAUUGGGUAACAGUAGGGAAUCUUUAAACAUGGUAACCCCAGCAAUGCAGCUUGCUGGAAAAAUACCAGAUGUUCAUGUGCAGCUGUGGGCAUCAUCACUACUUAAAGAUCUGUACCGACUGUCUGGAGACAUGGCUAAUGAGGAGGAAGGGUGUAGGUUACACACAAGUUUCUCUGCUUCACUCCUCAAAGAUCUGUUCCAGUCAACACAACUGUCAGAACAUGGUCUCAUACAGGUAUAUAUUCUCAACAGUUCUCUCUACCUCUGUCAGGAAAUUAUUCACUGCUGCAAUCGUUCCAGUAUUUAUGAUUUAAGUUUGAUUGGUUUGGCUGAGAUAUUCAUACUUUUAUGAACCUCCUUGUUGAUC